UUAAAUAAGCCAUAUAUAUAUUGGUGACAUUUAUUGUUGUUAUAUAUAAAUAAUUUAUUUGUGUACCUUCCAAAUAUACUGUUGACUUUGUUUAUUGUAGUGCUGUUUUCAGAUUUUAUAUUCAAGCUGUUUGGCUAUUUAUUUAUUUUAUAAAUGAGACAUUCUACGAAAUCCAACGUGAUACAAGAUCCAACCAUGAUUUUAUGUGCUGCUCAGCUGCCUGUUCUGGCUCUUUGGUUGGUGAUCACUGUUUCCUCUUCAGACACUAUUGCUCUGACAAUUCAAUAUAAGGUUUUGGAAGAAGAGCCAAGUGGGACCAUGAUUGGAACAUUAGCUGAUGAGUUGAAAGUGAGGGGAGAAACUGGAGUGCUGGACAACUUUCAAAUUGUGAAGCAGGCUCUACCCUUACCAUUUGUUGUUGGAUUACAAGAUGGAAUGGUUUUGACUAAGGGUCAGCUAGACCGGGAGACCCUUUGCAGGGAUACUGGUCUCUGUCUGAUUGCUUUUAAUGUGCUCUUCAAUACUGGAGGUGCCAUAGGCUUCCUCCAGGUGAAUGUGGAGGUCCUGGACAUCAAUGACCACAGCCCCACCUUCCCAAGCGCCGAGCAGGAAAUUGAGAUAUCAGAAACUGCAAUGCUGCGCAUGAGGAUACCACUGGACAGAGCACUGGAUCCAGAUGCAGGACCAAAUGGUCUCCAGACCUAUUCUCUCUCCCCCAACCAGCACUUCGCACUGGAUGUUAUAACUCACUCAGACGGCACCAAGCAUGCAGAGUUGGUGGUCAUCAAGGAACUGGACAGGGAGGUUCAGUCAUCCUUUGAGUUAACCCUGGUGGCCUGGGAUAAAGGCAAUCCCCCCAGAUCAGGCAGCACGCUGGUGAAGAUCAACGUCUUGGACUCUAAUGACAACAGCCCUGUCUUUGAAGAAAGCUUGCUCGCCAUUGACCUCAGUGAAGAUACAGUCCGGGGCACUACAGUAAUUAAUCUUAAGGCCACUGACCCUGACCAAGGGGCCAAUGGAGAAAUUGAAUAUUCUUUUAGCAAACAUGCCCCUUUAGAGGUGCAAAACCUUUUCAGUAUUGAUCCAAAGACUGGGACGGUGAACCUCACUGGGGAAUUGGACUAUGAGAAAAAGCACACUUAUGAGAUUGAUAUUCAGGCGAGGGAUUUGGGACCCAAUGCCAUCCCUUCUCAUUGUAAGCUCCAUAUUAAAGUACUGGAUGUCAAUGAUAAUGCACCCAACAUACAUUUUACCUGGGCACCACAGGAUUCUGCUUUUGCUACAGUGUCUGAAGGUGCUGCUAAAGAAACCUUCCUAGCACUGGUGAUGGUGUCUGAUGCAGAUUCAGGGAGUAAUGGAGAGGUCCAUUGCCACAUCCAGCAUGGGCUCGGUCACUUCCGACUGAAGAAGGUCCAUCGUGACAAUUACAUGAUAGUGACCAACAGUGUCUUGGACAGGGAAAGUAGGGUGGAGUAUAACCUGACCUUGGUAGCCAAAGACCAUGGAAUACCUCCUUUGUCUGUCACGAAACACUUAACUGUCCAUGUCUUAGAUGAAAAUGACAAUCCCCCUGUUUUCUCAAAAGUACUUUAUGAGGCCUCUUUCGAGGAGAACAAUGAACCCGAUUACCUAAUCCUUUCGGUGGAUGCUCAUGAUGUUGACCUUGACCUCAAUGGGAAGAUUUCUUACUCCAUCAAGGAAUCUAAGGAUUCUGACAAAUUUAUCAUACAUCCCACUACUGGUUACAUUCAUGCCCGGCAGUCUUUUGAUUUUGAGCUAUUCAAGAGCUUUACACUUAUUGUGGAGGCUGCAGAUCAAGGACAGCCCUCUCUGACCAGCAGUGCUACUGUCCUGAUAAAUAUAAAGGAUAUCAAUGACAACUUUCCCAUUAUUGAAGAGCCUGUGUCAAAGAGGGGCAGGGCAUCAAUCACCAUCCCUGUGAACACUGAGAAGGGGGAGAUAUUUAUUGAACUGGGAGACAUUCAGGGAGACAGAUCAAGUACCUACCUCUUUGAAUACCCUUCAAGCAACAAUUCUACAGCAGGUCUGAAGCCAUUUGGUUACCUAGCCACCAAAAUCAGAGCACAUGAUAUGGAUUCAGGCCUAAACGGAAUGCUUCAUUAUAAAAUAAUUAAAGGAAACACUGAUGGCCUCUUUUUACUGGACCAGUUAACUGGGGAGAUGUAUGUAAAUUCCAGCAAUGCUACAGAAUUGAUUGGAAAGGUGUUUGAGAUAGAUAUAGCUGUCUCAGACUUGGGCUCUCCCCCACUUGUCACUGAAGCUAAUUUGGAAAUCACAUUUAUUAAUCUGCUGGAUCACCAAAAGAAUUCUUCCCCUGGCCAAAGAGGGCAGCUUAGCUCCACCAUGAUGCUGGCUAUCUGCCUUGGGGCUACGUUCCUGUUGCUCCUGGUGGUGGUAGCACUGGUGACGACCUUUUGCAGAACGGAAAAACGAGACAACCGCGCUUACAACUGCAGACAAGCCGAGAGCACCUACACCAGGCACCCCAGGCGCCCACAAAAGCAGAUCCAGAAAACUGACAUCCAGUUAAUUCCUGUGUUGAGAGGAAGAAAAGAAGAAGCCUUAGAAGAAGACCCACAAAAGACCUCCAUUCCUAAGGAAGAAGAAAUACCUGAAACCCAAGCAUUCUUUCCUCCUUGUCAGUUCAACCUUUCUCCAUCUCUUAGCAGAACUUUAAGGAACCAGACUUUCCCAGACAACAACGGAACAUUACCUCUGCAUCCUCCCAGGACCCUCCGUAAACCCAGUAACAUAGAAAUUGACGGGUCUCUUCCCAGGACUCCAGCAACUCCUUACAGAACCCUUCGUAGAACCAAGAACUCAGAGGUCCAAGCAGAGGCCCCUGCAUCCCCCACACCUUCCUCUCGACUGGGAACCCUGAGGAGACAGGGCAGUCCCGAAAUUCAGCAAAGCUCCGAAGGAACCUCAGAUUCGGCUCCCUCCUCACCACCAUUUAGGACACUGAGAAGGCAGAGGAAUGUGGAUUGUAAGAUGAAGGAAGAUAAGGAAGAUCACCAGCAGAUUCUGAGGAAUCUUGUUCGGAUGUCCAUGGCCGCCUUUGCGGAGUAUAGUCCCAUUGAGCUCUCCUCAGCUUCGCCAGAGGUACAGCAAAUCUCCCAGCUGCUCUCCUUGCUGCAUCAAGGGCAGUUACAGCCAAGACCAAACUUCCGGGGGAAUAAGUAUUCUCACAGAGCUGGCAGGUCCGGCACGCAGGACACCGACUGGCUGAGCACUAAGGACAGUGGCCAUGGCGAAAGUGAAGCUGGGGAUGUGGACUGGGAUAUUGGGAGAGACUCUCCUAUUGACCCCAUGCUGGGGGAGGGUUUAGACAUGCUGCUCAGCAACACAGACGACGUGUUUGCGGAUGCUCCAGACCCGGCCUGGAUGGCUCGAUUGUCUCUGCCGCUCUCUGCUGACUACAGGGAGAAUGUUUUUGUUCCCGAGGGACACUCCUCACCAGAAACACUUCUUUCACCCCAGGCUCUUCAGGAGGCCACAACAUGCUUCUCCACCUUUGGGAAGACAUCUGGUAAGGGCAGCGCGCUGCCUGGGCACCUGUUCUCUGAGGUCAGUACCCUCUUUGAGAUGCUACUCACUCAGAAGGCUGACUCCCAGCCCCAGACCUCUGCAGAGAUGCUCUACAGACUCUCUGCUGCAUAUCGACGCUCACUGGGCCUGGACGGGACAGGAGGGGGUGCUCAACAGCCCCGAAGCCCAGCAGCUGAAAACAAUUCUCAUGCGACAUAUUCCUCCGGUAUGGGGUUAGAGAACCACUAUUAGAUUGCAGUGGAAAAGGUCAUGCACACGCCUGCUGAAUAAACUCCAUUGGCUUCUACUCUGGAAGCAGAGAUUCUGCAUUGUCGUGACCUACAAUGAAGUUUCAAUGGGGCAGAGGUUCUGAAGAGUUAAGAACUUUGUUAAGAAGAUCUGUUGGAUUGCCUGGAUUGUUUUCAUUUUUUACUACCAGGAGCCUUCGUGACAGAAUUUUCUGUUUUCCGGCAGGCGAGAAUGAGUUUGAAUUUUAUGAAAGGAUCAGAAAGUGAGACACUUGGACCUUACCAUUACACCAUGUCUCCUAUAAAAAGAUCUUGCUCUGAUGAGUUAAGAACAGUUGCAUUACCUGAGA